CCCCGCGUUCUCGUGCCGGCCCCCGCCCCUCGUCCGCCUUCCUCAGGGGGGCGCGGGCUCUAACCUCGACUGGAAACGUGUUCUCGCUUUGCCCGCGCAGACGCGGUACUGAGCCCUUUGCGACCGGACAAAGAGUGACGCCCAGAGCCGGAGUCAUGGCGGCAACGGAGGAAAGCUCAGCGACCGCUGGGGCGGCUGGGAGCCUCGCGGCGCCGCGGGAGACAGCGGAUCCGAGCUCGGACCCGGGACGUGCCUUUGCACGUUUUCUUUCGAUCCCCGAGGCUUCGCCGCCGGUCCCUGAACCCUCCAGCCCCUACGCCGCGAUCCCUGAGGCGAUCCCGACGGCUCCUGCGGUAGCUUCCGCCGCCCCGGAUUGGCCCCUCGGGCCCGCGCCCCCGGCGGCCGCCGGGCCGCGCCCGGGCGGCUCCCGACCGGGCCCCGAGACCUUCCGCCAGCGAUUCCGGCAGUUCCGAUACCAGGACGCGGCCGGCCCGCGGGAGGCCUUCCGCCAGCUGCGGGAGCUGUCGCGCCAGUGGCUGCGGCCCGACGUCCGCACCAAGGAGCAGAUCGUGGAGAUGCUGGUGCAGGAGCAGCUGCUCGCCAUCCUGCCGGAGGCGGCGCGGGCCCGGCGGCGGGGUCGCCGCACCGACGUGCGCAUCACGGGCUGAACCGCAGGUCCCCGCGCGCGGCUCUCCCAAACCCCCGUCCCCGUUAAUGAAAAGCGCGUUUUGGCA